AUGAAUACAGAUGGAGCUUCAAGAGGGAAUCCAGGUUCCGCAGCUGCAGGUGGAGUUCUCAGAGAUGAAUAUGGUACGUGGAUCUCUGGCUUUGCUUUGAAUAUUGGUGUGUGCUCCGCUCCAUUGGCAGAGCUCUGGAGAGUCUAUUAUGGCCUAUAUGUGGCAUGGGAAAGAAGGAUCCCACGAUUGGUCAUUGAGGUGGACUCGGAGAUUGUUGUUGGAUUCUUCAAUUCAGGGAUUAGCGAUGUUCAUCCUCUGUCUUUCCUAGUACAUUUGUGCUAUGGCUUUUUGUCACGGGACUGGAUAGUUCGGGUUAUGCAUGCUUACAAAGAGGCGAAUCGUGUGGCCGAUGAUUUAGCGAAUCACGCCUUUUCACUUCCGUUAAGUUUUUAUUUGUUUACCUCGGUUCCCGCUAAACUUUCAAUGCGGUUACUAAAGGAUGUCGAUGGCUCUACACGAGCUCGUUUUGUAAGAACUGAUUAG